AUGUAUCCUGGUUACCACUCUCGGGGAAUUGUCACGUCUGUGGAAGAAAAGAAAAUAGAAACCUUGGACCAUCGGGGAUCGAGCGCCGACCUUGCAAAAUCAAAGCCGUCGCUGUACCGACAAACGGUGUCUGUAGUGGUUACAGCCGCUGGCGACGAUAUCCUGGCUGUCAUUCGCAAGUCCGGCUGGAAACAGCGGUACUGUUUGACCGGACUCCCAGCCAAGAGGUCUGGUCAGAGACCGGGCCGCGAGAUCAUUGAUCCCCUGAAACACCUCAAGGCUCGACCAGAACAACUGUUGUAUGUUAACAACUUGGCCGUCAACACGGGGAAUGUUAACAACUUGGCUGUCAACACGGGCAAUGUUAACAACUUGGCUGUCAACACGGGCAAUGUUAACAACUUGGCUGUCAACACGGGCAAUGUUAACAACUUGGCUGUCAACACGGGCAAUGUUAACAACUUGGCUGUCAACACGGGCAAUGUUAACAACUUGGCUGUCAACACGGGCAAUGUUAACAACUUGGCUGUCAACACGGGCAAUGUUAACAACUUGGCUGUCAACACGGGCAAUGUUAACAACUUGGCUGUCAACACGGGCAAUGUUAACAACUUGGCUGUCAACACGGGCAAUGUUAACAACUUGGCUGUCAACACGGGCAAUGUUAACAACUUGGCUGUCAACACGGGCAAUGUUAACAACUUGGCUGUCAACACGGGCAAUGUUAACAACUCGGCCGUCAACACGGGGAAUGGCCUCAAAUACUGA